AUGUCCACCAGUGGCAUUAAUCUAUGUGUCAAGGCCAUCCAGGAGCUAUGGGCCCGGAAGAGCGUGAACAUUUCCAUAAACCUGGUCGGUGAACAAGGAAACACCAUCAAAACCUACACAAACUCGGACCAGAUCAAUGGAACCGCAGCCAUUACAGUCGAGCACGAUGUGGACUUUGACCAUCUCAAUAUCACCUUUGAGGGUAAGCAGUGUCUAUCGGGUGUACAACGAGCGAACCGGCCCUCCGCACACCGAUCGACGAAUCGGUGCUUCAGGACAUUCCUCAAAAUGCGAUAUCCUCUUUCCACCAACAUCUUUCCGUCGCCGCGGCAGUUUAAGAAGGAUGAAACUUAUUCCUUUCCCUUCAGCUUUGUUGUUCCGGACUGCAUAGAACCGCCUGUUUGCACAUCGAAGCUCGAUGAGGCCCAUACACAGCUUCCGCUGACCCUUACAGGCGGCAGCCGUGAUGGUUUUACUCCGUCUAUAUGCGAAGUCAUAUAUGCAAUUCAAGUUCGGAUAGUGAAUGGUCCCAGGAGGCAAGUACUGGCAGCCCAAUCAAAGCAAGUGAGGGUGGUCCCUACCAAUGAUCAGACACAUUCGGGUCUAGGUGGGAAAGCGGAUGUGGAGGGCCAUCAGAUAGAUCCGCACAUACUCGAGCAAGUAAUUGGUCGGUCCACCUUGACGGCAUCUCAGCCACCGCCUAUUCGGCUUCUUACGCCGGAGUACGUGGUUUCGAAGGAUAUUUGCUCGAUUGCGGUGCGUGUCCGAUUCGAUUCCGUUGAUCGAGUUCCUCCACCACGUCUAAAGACUCUUCGUACCAAGCUUGAGGUGUCAACCACAUACACUUGCAAUCCUGGACUUCAGGUAGGCUGUGCUUCCACAGCUGGCACUGAUCGUUUUGUCAGAUCCAUACCAUUGUCCUCUGUCUGUAUGAGGUCGGUGCAAUGGCAAUGGGCUAGGCGGAGUCAGAAAGAUAAUCUCGCCAAUGAUGACUCCCAGCACCUUGGCUGUGCCGGUGAUUGUUACGAGGCCUCGGUUGUCGUUCCAAUCACCCUUCCUAGGGACAAAGUUCUUGUCCCCUCGUUUGCUUCUUGUCUCAUGAGCCGGGAUUAUAUCCUCAAACUGUCAGUCUCUCAUUCCACUUCAAGUGUAUCGCCGUUACAUACAACCGUUCAGAUUGACAUCCCAUUGAAGAUAAUCUCAAUGGUGGAUUCGAUUGAAACGCCACGCAAGUGGCGCAGCGACGAGCGGAAUAACAAUGAGGGUACAUCGUAG